UUAGAACUGGAUUCUCAGAAGUGGUGAUGUACAGAGUUUCGAGGAAACUUUUACAAGAUUGCGACAUCAUGGCCGCUGCUACAGAUGGCUGCAUUCAGUUCACACGCCAUGCAGGUGAUGUCCUACUCAACUUCAGCCGCCUCCGCAGCAGGAACAUCCUGACUGAUGUUACCGUCCAGGUGGAUGGACAGCAUUUUCAUGCUCACAAGGCCAUUCUAGUGGCCUGCAGUGGCUUCUUUUAUUCUGUGUUCAUGAACCCUGAGAACGCAAACCUUAGUACCAUCAGCUUAGACACCAAAGUGGACUCCAAGGGUUUCUCCAUCCUGCUGGACUUCAUGUACACAUCCUGUCUGAAGAUUAAAGACAGUCUGGUCCUGGCCACCAUGAACACAGCCGUCUAUCUGCAGAUGGAACAUGUGGCUGACACCUGCCACAGGUUCAUCAAGUCCAGGCAUCAGUCUCUGAAUAUGCAGAUUGAAGAGGUACAGAUCAACUCAUUACCUCUGGCUGAGGAGAUCCCUGCUUUGAGGCCUGUCAGUGAAAAAGAGCCAGACUUUAGAAACAACCAUACAUCAGCCUCAUGCCCUCUCCAGGAGUACAGGGGCUACAUCCCCAGUGUUUUCAGGGGUAUCAACACCUCCAGCUCCUGUCAUGUCUACAGUGACCUGCAUGUCCCUGCUGGGAAGCUGGAAGAUUCCUAUAAGAUCAGCGCCCCACCCAACAGCAAUAUGGUUCACAGUGAGUCCAGCACUGUCAUCUCCCACCUGGUGCCAUCCCACCCCAGUUUCCCCACAACUAUCACACUAGCAAGAGCUAGCGGGAGCCUUCAAGGCCCUGCUGCUCCCAUGGAGGAAGACAGCAUUCAGCACCCACUGACUGGCUGCCUAAGAUUGUCUGCAGGCUUUAGCAAAGGUGUUAUUUGUAGUCCUCAAAGUCCACUCAGAUCUGACUGUCAGCCAAACUCGCCCACUGAGUCCAGCAGCAGCAGAAAUGCAACCCUGAGCCUCACACAGCCCUCAGACUAUCCCAAAGAUCCCAAGGCCCGCAACUGGAAGAAGUAUAAGUUCAUUGUUAUGAACCAAAAACCUGAUGAUAAUGAAAAGGAGGCUCAGGGAGGCAGCACGGAAGCAACAGCCAUGUCCCCUGCUGUGAGCCCCUACAGGAGCAGUAGAACAGGAGGACACAGUGAGGUCCAGGCAGAUGAGGGUGCCAGCGAGCACAGAGAAGGAACCCCCAUGUCUCAGAGUGUGGACAGCUGCAGCAGCAUCAGCCAUCAUGGAUGUUCCACCUGUGGCUGUGACAGCCCUCAGUGCAUGGAGAUGGGUCACCUUUCUCCUGACUCAUGCAGCAGAGAAGGCACUACCAAACUAUACUCGGAGUAUUCCUCCUCCAGCUGUGAAGACAACUACUACUUCUGCAAUGGUUGUGACUCCAAGUUCAGAGAGGAAGAUUCUCUGAAAGACCACAUGGUCCAAGUCCACAGUGACAAGCCAUACAAGUGUGACUGCUGCCAGGCUGCUUUCCGCUACAAGGGCAACCUGGCCAGCCAUAAAACUGUUCACACAGGUGCAAAGCCGUACCACUGCAACAUCUGUGGCGCUCAGUUUAACCGACCGGCCAACCUCAAAACUCAUACCCGCAUCCACUCGGGAGAAAAGCCAUACAAGUGUGAGACAUGCGGCUCCCGAUUUGUCCAGGUGGCCCAUCUUCGUGCCCAUGUAUUAAUUCACACAGGAGAAAAACCAUACCCAUGUGAGAUCUGUGGAACACACUUCCGUCACCUUCAGACACUCAAGAGCCACAUGCGGAUUCACACGGGAGAGAAACCUUAUCAUUGUGAGCAAUGUGACCUCCACUUCAGACACAAGAGUCAGCUGAGGCUUCAUCUGCGACAGAAGCAUGGCGCAGUCACUAACACCAAGGCUCAGUAUCACAGGACUUCCAGCAACGUCGCCACAGGCCAGGUGAACUCCAACUGAGCCAGCUGCAGCCCUGUCAUGUCUCAUUUUGUUUUCCUUUUGCAUUGACCACCACCCUGUCAAAAGAUUCUUAUAUGUUAUUUGCCCUUUAUGCAUUUGUAAAUGAUGCGCAUUAUGUAAGCUCUUUGGUAUUUCAAAGAUCGUAGAGGUUUAUGCUUUCAUUGUGAAUGUCUAACAAAAGAAUGUACAUGUUGAAUGUGAAUUUGAGCAGGUAUUUCUCUGCUUCGCAAAUUACUUAACAGAAUGUCAGCAUGGAAGGACAGUUCUCAUUCUCAAUCAGACUGUGGAUUCCUGGUCAUUUUGGUUUUAGUACUGACUAUGAAUUCACCUACUAAAAUUGUUUAUGCAGUUAUUUUUCAUUAGGAUAUUUUUGUAAAUAAGAUAAUAUAUAUUUUCAGAUUGCCAUCUGCUGGCAGAGUAUGAAUAUAUCUACUAUAUAUUUUUUAUGUGCAGUGAGCUUCACUGACCAACAAUAACACAAAGCUUGUUAUUUUGCUAUUUUAUAGUUUAUGGUGUAUAUUGUAAUAUGUACAGAUUGUCAUUCAUUUAGACAUAUUUUCUUUGUUCAAUUAUUUCUAGGCUCCUGUUGGUAUUUUUGCACAUCUGCAUUAUGCUGUAGUUCAUAUAUUUUCAUACUUGCCACAUAUUUCUACUAAAAAUGUUGACAUGUUGAAAUGAUUUGUUAUACCCCAAGUCCAGCACUUGCUAUAUUCUUAUUUAUAGUUUUUUUUUUUUUGGUGUCGUUUUGGCUGUAUUCUGUUACAUUUGGUGCUGCAAUGAUCCAGUGAUCCCAGGGGAUCAUUUAAGUUCAGCAGCAUUUUAUCUAACCUUAUGUAUUACAGUGCACUCAUAUGGCCCCGAGUAUUCACAGUGCCUUACAUUCACUUUUCUAUUGGCAACUUUCUUGGAUUAACUUCAACGCAUUUUAAGUUUGACAGUAUAAAAGCUCUGGUAGUUAUGAAGUGCUUUUGUGGUACUUUACCCUGUUGUAUGCAUGUCAGGUACUGCUGUUUAGGAAAAACAGUCAUGUGUAGCUCUUAAAGUGCAGAUACACCAGGCUUCAAGCUAAAAACAUGCUCAGGAAUUACAGUAAUAUGUGAUUCAAUUGUCUUUGUAGCUUGUAAAUUAUAUGUAAAAAUAAAAAAAUAUUAUCUAGCACUCAUUGCAACAAUUGUG